UCGCGAGCAUUCAGACAACGGGAGUCGCAGCCGCUGGGAGACACGCAGUCUGGUCCUCCGCUUUAACGUUAAAACUGCUCGGCCGAAGUCCGCGAGACGACAUGGGGGAUCGAGUGGCUUUAUUGCUGCUGGCUUUUGUGACGGCGACUCUGGCCGCAGAGGUGCCCACGGACGGUUCGACAGGCCCGCUCGCUGAGCCCCAGGUGGCCAUGUUCUGCGGAAAACUCAACAUGCACGUCAACGUACAGAGCGGCAAGUGGGAACCAGACCCCUCCGGUACCAAGAGCUGUGUCGGCACCAAGGAGGGCAUCCUGCAGUACUGCCAGGAGGUGUUUCCAGAGCUCCAGAUUACUAAUGUGGUGGAAGCCAACCAGCCCGUCAGCAUCCAGAACUGGUGCAAGAAGGGUCGCAAGCAGUGUCGCAGUCACAUGCACAUUGUGGUGCCCUACCGCUGCCUGGUGGGAGAAUUUGUGAGCGACGCCUUGCUGGUUCCUGACAAGUGCAAGUUCUUACAUCAGGAGCGCAUGGACCAGUGUGAGACCCAUCUGCACUGGCAUACUGUGGCCAAGGAAUCCUGCACAGACCGCUCCAUGAACCUCCAUGACUACGGAAUGCUUCUGCCGUGCCGUAUUGAUCGUUUCCGAGGGGUGGAGUUUGUCUGCUGCCCAGCGGAGGCGGAGCACGAUACUAACAGCGCCGAGCAGGAUGGCGACGAUUCUGAUGUUUGGUGGGGAGGAGCGGAGACUGACUACUCUGACAACAGUACGGUGCGGGAACCAGAGCCAGCAGAGCAGCAAGAGGAAACCAAGCCAUCUGUAGUCGAGGAGGCGGCGGCCGAGGAAGAGGAUGAGGAAGAGGACGCGCUGGAUAACGACCAAGAUGGAGAUGGGGAAGAGGACGAAGACGGUAUGGAAGAUGAGGAGGAGGAAGAGGAGGACACGCUCGAUGACAGUGACGACGAGCCCGCCACCAAUGUUGCCUUGACAACCACGACCACCACCACCACUGAGUCGGUUGAGGAAGUAGUCAGAGAUGUGUGCUGGGCCAGUGCAGAAACUGGUCCAUGCCGGGCCAUGCUGCCCCGCUGGUACUUUGACCGCCAGGAGGGCCGCUGUGUUCAGUUUAUCUACGGUGGAUGCGGAGGCAACAGGAAUAACUUUGAGUCCAUGGAAUACUGCCUGUCUGUCUGCAGAAGCGUCCUACCCACAGCAACUCCCGGUUCUCCUGACGCUGUGGACCACUACCUGGAGACGCCUGCUGACGAAAACGAACACGGCCAUUUCCAGAAGGCUAAAGAAAGCCUGGAGGCCAAACACCGCGAAAGGAUGUCCCAGGUGAUGAGAGAGUGGGAGGAGGCUGAGAGGGAAGCUAAGAAUCUUCCACGUGCUGACAAGAAGGCGGUCAUCCAGCGUUUCCAAGAGAAGGUCGAGACGCUGGAACAGGAGGCGGCCAGUGAGCGGCAGCAGCUGGUGGAGACCCACAUGGCCCGAGUGGAAGCUCUGCUCAACGACCGCCGCCGCCUGGCUCUGGAGAGCUACCUGACUGCCCUGCAGCAAGACCCCCCCAGGCCUCGUCACGUCUUCAGCCUCUUGAAGAAGUACGUGCGUGCCGAGCAAAAGGACCGACAGCACACUCUGAAACACUUCGAACACGUCCGCAUGGUGGACCCCAAGAAGGCGGCACAGAUCAGGCCUCAGGUGCUGACCCACCUGCGUGUCAUUGAAGAGCGCAUGAACCAGUCCUUGGGUCUUCUCUACAAGGUGCCUGGUGUGGCUGACGACAUCCAGGACCAAGUCGAUCUUCUGCAGAGGGAGCAGGCUGAGAUGGCGCAACAGCUGGCCAACCUGCAAACAGAUGUGAGGGUGAGCUACGGCAAUGAUGCCCUGAUGCCCGACCAGGAGUUUGGAGAUGGCCAAACCGACUUGUUGACUCAGGAGGACUCCCUAGGAAUGGCUGGAGUUGGCUUCAUUCAUCCUGAGAGCUUUAACCAGCCCAACACUGACAACCAAGUUGAGCCUGUCGACUCUCGCCCAAGUCUUGACAGAGGUGUCCCCACACGGCCAGUGACAGGAGUGAAGAUGGAGGCUAUUCCUGAACUUCGAAUGGAGAAAGGAGACAGACAGAGUACGGAGUACGAAGUCCACCACCAGAAGCUGGUUUUCUUCGCUGAGGAUGUCGGCUCCAACAAGGGCGCCAUCAUCGGCCUGAUGGUUGGCGGCGUUGUCAUAGCGACGGUGAUCGUCAUAACCUUGGUGAUGCUGAGGAAGAAGCAGUACACCUCCAUCCAUCAUGGAGUCAUCGAGGUGGAUGCGGCUGUCACCCCCGAGGAGCGCCACCUGUCGAAGAUGCAGCAGAAUGGCUAUGAGAACCCGACCUACAAGUUCUUUGAACAGAUCCAGAACUGAGGGAAACAUCUCAUCUCCACUCACACACACAACACAAAACUAACAUCUCAUUCCACACAUCAAGCACCCCCUCCCUCCCUAAAGUAGUCUCCAGGGCAGAGUGCGGCAUAGAGCUCAGCAGCAACUGAUGCUUCCGGAGCAAAAGUAGCCAGGUCUUCUUUCAUUCAUGCUGGGGCGGCCACUGUGGUGGAGCCAGUUUGCACCGUUUGUUUACUUUGUUGGAGCGAGACACCUUUUUUGAUUAGGGAGCGUUUUUAUAUGUUGCUCCGUCUGGGCCUGCUGAUUGUACCGGAAUGGCCCCGCCCAGUGCUCAUAAAUAAAUACCCAGCCCUCCAUAAAUGAAAGAAGCUCGUUACGUCUGAUCCGGGGGGGCCAACAACGCCUUGUUGUUUUUUUUCUUGGCUUGCAACAAUUUUAGAGGCGUAUAGGAGAAUCUGGUCGUGUUUGCAUGGCUCCCUAUGUCUCACGUACACCAUUUUUUAUGAUAUUUUUCCGACAUGAAGCCCAGUUUUGUUUCUUUCCUGCACACUCGACACUUGAGAAGAAUUAACCCGCUCUCCAUUCCUCCAUUCUCCUUUUUCUUUGUGCAUUGUCAUGACAGCUGGGCUGCAUUAUGUCACACAUGAACUUGCUGAUGACGACACUAGUAAUUAUGUAUUCCGAAUGAGAUGUUUUUAAUUUUCAAGUUUCAAUAUGCUUUCCACUUUUUUUCUUUUUUACAAAAAAAAACCUACAAAAAAACGAUGUAAAGUCCUUUUUUUAAACUUGCUUGUAAUGUACUGAAGUAAUGCUGAAGUCGUAGUUGUUCUAUGUAGUCGUGCAUGACAACGGGAUUCGGGAAGAGGAAAAAUAUACGCAAAAGAUCUUAACGCUGCUCUGGAGAAGCUCUCACUUAUAGAUUGUCCUUCUAGCAAGAUUGUACAUUUAGUAUCUUCUCGUGAUCACGUGAAAAAUAUACUGGAAAUCAAAUCUAGAUGAACGGGCUCUGAUAUCUUCAAACACACACUUAGAUCUGUGACGAUUUUUUUAUUUUUGUUUUAAGUGUGUAUUCUUUUUCCUGAGGCAGCAAGUGGGUGGCUUAUCUGUAUAUUUUCAUUUGAUAAAAUAUAUUGUGUUCAAGAUCCUUAUGAUUUGGGGUUCAUGUCAUUAUUUUUAUUACAGAGUGCUAGAGGUAUUGUAUGGGUGAUGGUUUGCAGGGAUCUAGAAAGGGAUGGAUUAGAAAUAUUUGUUUAGUCCUCGAGCAUUAAGCUGACAUUGUGUCCGAUUCCGCUUCUGCAAUUAUUUUACUGUCCUGCGAUAGAACAGGUGGAUCUCUGGUAGGGGGAAGAGGAGGAGAGUGAGUGACUUGCAGUCCUGGAUGGAUAGCCAGGCUUUUACACCAUCCAUCAUCCACUCUCCUCCAUCCUUUGCUUUUGUUUCUCUCCAGGCUGCUCACCUCCAUGCCAGCCAUGCACAUUCUACCUGUCGGGAGGAUGAGCACUGCUCUCUGUAUAUAUAUAUCAUGGCAAUGCCCCCCCCCCCCCAGGAUCAAACAUUGAUCCCCGUAUCUGACUGCAGUCACCUUGUAAGUAAAGCACCCAACUCUUUCCUCGGGUGUGUUGCGUGUCGACACCACAAUGGAAAGAAGUCACCCUGUUCAACAUCUACAGUGUACUUGAUAUCUGUGAGUGUUCAGUUGGACUUUUGGGCAGCAUGUGGUUCUGCAGAGGUGCUCAGGAGAAGCCCAGCAGGGGGCAGUAGAGCAAUAGAAGCAAGGAUUUUCUUUCUGUUGGCUGCACUGGUUUGAUUGUCAAUUGUGUAACAUUCUGCUGGCCAUUUGCAUUUACCUGGGAAACGCUUUCUACACUGUAUUCCAUAAUAAAGUUUUGAAUGUAUCUACAGAUUCA